GAAGCACGCUACAGCGCGUCCACUCUCUCCAAAGCUUCCGCGAGCGCAGCGAGUCGCAGGUGCCAAUGAAUGAGACGCACGUGGACACGUCGCGCGCUUCGUAUUCUCCUUGCGUUUUGGCAGCGCACGCGGCGUCCCGAUGAACCCUCGCGCGCGCGGCUCCUCCAACAUACAAUGGAUUAACCGGAAAGACAUGAGCGCACGAACCGAGGACGGCGUGAGCCUGUGCCAAAGGGCUCUCCAGAUAAUCACCGAGCUGUGCCUCGCCGGUCACGUCGACCGGGAGAAAUGCGCGGACAUCUUUCCAACCGAGAGCAAAAUACCAGACAUCUCUGUAAGUCUCCUAGCUGUGCUCGUGGGUUUCUGUGGACUCGCCCUGUUGGUAGUCUCUCUCUUUGUGUUUUGGAAGCUGUGCUGGCCCAUCUGGAGAAGCAAGGCGCUCUCCUCUCACAGCGAGACUGUUCGUCAAGGGGUUCUGCCCGAGGCACCAGCACCCACACCUCAUGUCACGCCAUCGCUUCUGGAGCGCCAGGCUUUACAAGCUGAGAAGCAGGAGAAGAAAGAGGAGGAGGAGGACCAGAGGAGGAAGGUGCCUGAGGUGAAGGUAAACGGUUGUAGAUCGGUGAAGUCACUUGAGGCAGCCAUGAAGAUCAGCCAGACAUCUCCAGACAUCCCGGCUGAGGUGCAGCAGACAAUACGUGAACGCCUGAGUAAGAGGGCCAAGAUUCAGAAACAGAGCACUGAACCCACCUCAUUCUCCAGACACAAUUCCUUUCGUCGCCAUCUCAGACGGCAGAUGAACGUCACUAGUGUGGAUUUCACCAUGGACACCCUGCCAGUGAGACAGUCCUCAGCAGUCAGCAUCGGACGCAUAAAGCCAGAACUCUACAAGCAGAAGUCUGUGGACUCGGAGGAAGGGAACAAGGAGCCAGUGGAGACAUGUGGCAAGCUUAGCUUUGCUCUGAAGUAUGACUAUGAAGAGCAGGCUUUGGUAGUGCGCAUCCUUAAAGCAUUGGACCUGCCGGCCAAGGACUUCACAGGUACUUCUGACCCCUACGUAAAGAUCUACUUGCUCCCUGAGCGUAAAAAGAAGUUCCAGACACGGGUCCACCGAAAGACACUAAACCCUACAUUCGAUGAGGUGUUUUGUUUCCCGGUGGAGUACGAUCAGCUGUGUAACCGCAAGUUGCACUUCAGCGUCUACGAUUUUGACCGCUUCACAAGUCAUGACAUGAUCGGCGAGGUGGUGGUAGACAACCUGUUUGAGCUCUCAGACCUGUCACGUGAGGCCGUGGUAUGGAAGGACAUUCUCGCCGCCACUACAGAGAGUGUGGAUUUAGGGGAAAUUAUGUACUCCCUCUGCUACCUUCCCACGGCUGGCCGUAUGACACUGACUGUCAUCAAGUGCCGUAAUCUUAAAGCCAUGGACAUCACUGGCUCGUCUGACCCGUAUGUAAAAGUGUCGCUAAUCUGCGAUGGACGAAGGCUGAAGAAACGGAAGACCACCACUAAGAAGGGCACACUCAACCCUGUGUACAACGAGGCCAUCAUCUUUGACAUUCCUCCUGAGAACGUGGAGCAGGUCAGCCUGUCAAUUAUGGUGAUGGAUUAUGACAGAGUUGGACACAAUGAGGUUAUCGGUGUGUGUCGGACCGGCCCCGAUGCAGAAGGUCUGGGUCGAGACCACUGGAACGAGAUGCUGGCCUACCCACGCAAACCCAUCACCCACUGGCAUGCCCUGUGUGAGUGGCCAGGAAGGGGAUCCAGUUUCGAAAGCCAGGGUUCCUGCCCUUCACCCAAACCUCCACAGACUCCAUAAUCACAUGAGACCCUGAAAGCCACAGAUCUUUUCCCACUGCUUAGUGGCCAUGUUUUUGGUUUGUAUCACCGGAUAUCUCUCUUUCUCUUGUCAUAGCUUGUAAAUUCCAUCAUUUUGCCAGAGGAUAACAUGCAGUGCCAGGUGUCCUGUGUACACACAGAUUAUGUCACUCUCUUGCCUCUAGAACUUGCUGAAAGCAGGUGGAUUAAAGGCAGUGACUGAGGAAACGCGUCUCCUGAAUGGUGAUGUGAUGGAAUGUGACGUUUGACAGUCUAAUGAUAACUACAUUAUCAGUGACAUAUCAAACAAUAGCCUUUAAAUUUUUGUCUUUUGCAUAAUAUAAAAAAUGUUGACAAUAUUUGAUGUUUUAAAUAUUUAUUUUUUUAAAUGACAACCAUAACAGUGGCAUGCAAAUUUUAAAAACCUUAUUUUCUGUGUGUGUGUGAUUUUGAAAGUUAAAACAGCAGUGUUGAACCCUGAAUAUUCACCUGGAUGAUGUAGAUGUCAACACAUAUGGUGAAAAUGUAUGCAAAUGUUUUUACUCCUGCUUUAUGGGUACAUAUACCGUACAUUUCCUACUCUUGUAAAGUGAAUCACUCAUUCUUUAAUUUUCAUUUAUUAUAAUCAGUGAUCACAUGGAAAAAAGGAACCUGGACCUAAAGCCUGCUCUCAAAAGGAACAGGUUCAUUAGAAAACAGGUCACAGCUUGUCAUGUUACUGCUUUUUUUCAUUCUAAAGAUAAAUCAUUUUAUCCAACAAAUAUAGAAAAAAUUAUAAUGUGUGAAUUUAAAGUCUACAAUUUCCUGAUUUGGGGAAAGACCUCAGGCAUAUGAAAGCAAUCCAGGGUCAUGGUGCUUCUUCAGUUUGACAUGAAUAAGAGCUAGAACCCAUCAAGCCAUAUGUCCAAUUAAAACCUUAACAAAAAAGCGCAACAAGAUGUAGAAAGAGCAGAAAUUUUACUUUAGUCAAGGAAAUGAACACAUAUGGAAGCGCUUUACAGCAAGGAGGAGUUGUGAUGAUUCCAUUCACCUCACGUCAACCUCAUGCGUUCAUCACAGUGCAGAUUUUGUACAAGGCAAAAUUCACAGCAGCAGAUAAUGUAGCAUGAGGAUUUAUUUUCUUAAGUCAUCAAAUGCACGACAACGAUUUAAAUUUUAAAUCUAAAUGAUCCCAAAAAUGGAAUCAAUCAUUUGUCUGCUAACAUCUCUUUCAUUCCUUCAUGUCUAUUAGGAUAUUAACAAAUUUCCAUAAUGCAAAGAUCACAUUAUUUUUGAGAAAUCAAAUCCAAAUAUUUUGACAGCAGUGAAAAUAAUCCGGUUCAUACAUGAAUUUGUUGGGCAAGUGUGAGCAAGGAAUUGCUCCUAGAAAUAGGAAACAUUUAAUUAGAGAAAAAAAAUCGAGAAAACAUAAAGCAGGAAAAAUAAAUUGAAUCGUAAAUGUUCAUUUUUAAUGGCAAAUUAAAACAGUUUGUGCUAUUGAGCUCAGAUUUUGGGACGUUUAGUUGUGUCCUAGAGGCUUAUUUAACUUUGAACAUUUAUUUAUUUAAUUAUUUAACUUACUUAACCAUAUGAAAAAAGGGGGUAAAAUGAACCUUAAGACAUAUUUAGUUAAAUGUACCUCCAUAAAUCCAGGCAUAUGGAGUUAAUAGCAAAAUGUAGCUGAUAUUGACAUAAUUCAAGUUUUUUAUUAUUAUUUAAUUUACUCCGUACAGUA